AUGCCGUAUGCUCAGGUUCAUUAUCCCUUCGAGAACAAGGAGUUAUUUGAAAAGACUUUCCCUGGCGAUUUUGUCUCUGAGGGCAUUGACCAAACCCGAGGAUGGUUUUACACCUUGCUCGUACUGUCUACUCACCUGUUUGGUCGGGCGCCCUGGAAGAAUUUGAUAGUUACUGGCCUCGUUCUCGCAGAGAACGGCAAGAAGAUGAGCAAGAGUGCAAGGAAUUAUCCGGAUCCUAACCUCAUGUUCGAUAAAUAUGGCGCUGACGCUACAAGGAUGUUCCUCGUGAACUCUCCCGUUGUACGCGGCGACAACCUCCGCUUCCGAGAGGAUGGGGUCCGCGAAGUAGUGUCCCGCGUUCUUCUACCUUGGUUAAACUCCUUCCGUUUCUUCCUAGGACAAGUAGCGUUAUUGAAGAAGACUAGUGGAAUAGAUUUCAGAUACGACCCGCACGCGCCAGUCUCUGGCAAUGUCAUGGACAGGUGGAUUUUGGCUCGCUGUCAGUCUCUAAUUUACCUUGUCCGUGAAGAGAUGGCAGCGUAUAGGUUAUAUACCAUCAUUCCUAGUCUCCUUGAGUUGAUAGAUGAUCUCACCAAUUGGUAUAUUCGUCUCAAUCGCAAACGGCUGAAGGGAGAAGACGGAAAACAGGACACGAUGGCUGCCCUGAACACCCUGUUCGAGACUCUCCUCACCCUUUGCAAAACAAUGUCGUUGCGAUCGUUCAUCCCGGAGGAUCCCGCUGCAGGCGAUCAACGAUCGAUUCACUUCCUCAGCUUUCCUGAAGUCAAGCAAGAGUACUUCGACUCCGAGAUCGAGCAGCGAGUGCGUAGGAUGCAAGCAGUCAUCGAGUUGACUCGCAACAUCAGAGAACGGCAUGGUCUAUCACUGAAGACGCCGCUCAAAGAGCUGCUGGUCUUUCAUGCGGACAUGCGCUACCUUAGUGAUGUGCGCUCUCUGCAGCGCUACAUUCAGUCUGAACUUAAUGUCCGCAACGUUAUCUUCACAUCCGAUGAGACCGUUUCAGGCGUGCGCUACCGAGCUGUCGCGGACUGGAGCGUUCUGGGAAGGAAGCUGAGAAAAGACCUUGGGCGGGUGAAGAAGGCUUUGCCUGAUGUCUCGAGCGACGAGAUCAAAGUCUAUCUCAAGGCAGGGCAAAUUACGGUAGAUGGAAUUCAGCUCAUCGCUGGCGAUCUGGUGGUCCAACGCUAUAUCAAAUUACCUCCUACCUCGGAGCAGCAAUAUGACACUCAUACCGACAAUGAUGUCGUAGUCAGACUUGACAUCCAAGUCCAUCCUGAACUGACGGGAGAAUGGCUUGUUAGGGAGCUCAUCAACAGGAUCCAAAGGCUGCGGAAGAAGGCCAGUCUGCAAGCUACGGACAAUGUGGACAUAUUUUACUGCUUCACGGAGGGGAAGGCUGUGGAGCUAGUGGAAGCAAUGGCGGAGAAUGCGGAACUCAUCACAAGAACGGUAGGUGCAAUGCCCGCUGAUACCAGAGAGAUGAAGGAGAAGAAAGAAAGUAUUGUCGAGGAGGAGCAGGAGGUAGCUGACAUGAGGUUCAUGCUGUCUCUGGCAUGGCCUUAG